AUGCAUUUUUCUUUGAUAUGGACGGAGUUUUUUGGAAUGGAUCUAAAAAAUUAGAAAAUGCUGUAAAAUCAUAUAAUAUUCUAAAAAGUGAAGGAAAAAAAUGUUUUUUCAUAACAAAUAAUAGUAGUUAAUCGCGUUAAACAUAUGUUGAAAAAUUAAAAAAAUACUAAAUUGAAACUGAAAAUGAUAAGGUAUUUUCAAAAAAUUAUUAAAAAAAUAAUUAAAAAUAAAAAAAAGGUGUUUGCGGCAUCAAAUAUAGCAGCAUGUUAUAUAAAAGAAAAACUUCCUUUGGUAAAAAAAUGUUAUGUAGUAGGUAUGUCCGGAAUAUGCGAAGAGUUAUAAAAUUAUGGAAUUGAAUAUAUUUGGAGUAAUGAUAUUCACAGCAAAAAUAAAUUAAUGAGUCCAGAUGAAUUCAAUAAUUUAGAAUUAGACAAAGAAGUAGGAGCAGUAGUAGUAGGAAUUGAUUAUGAAUUAAAUUAUUUCAAAAUGGCUUGUGCAAGCAGUUAUAUAUAGUAAGGAUGUUAUUUUAUUGCUACCAAUGAAGAUAAAUAUAUUAUGGUUGGAGAUAAAAAAAUGCCUGGAGGUGGUACUAUUGUUAAUGCAAUUGCUACUGCAACUGAUUAAAAACCUAUUGUGACAGGAAAGCCUAAUCCUUUUGUUAUUUAACUACUUUGCGAAUAACAUAAUAUUGAUAGAUCUAAGGCCUUGAUGAUAGGAGAUAAUUUAGAAACUGAUAUUUAACUUGGAUAAAAUGCAGGACUUGAUACUUUUUUGGUUUUAACGGGUGUUACUAAUUUAGAUAAAUUAAAACAUAAUUAUGAUAAUUAAUUAGUUAUUCCUAAUUAUUAUGCUGAUACUGCAUGA